CCCGUCUCAACUCUGCCAAACUGAAUCACGGCUCCCGCCUUGGUGCUGCUCUCUGAGUCUGGCUCCCCUCGACCCUCACGCCAUUGUGAGUUCGUGAACGGACGUCUGCGACUGGGGCCUCGUCACCCUACCGUUGCCGGUGCCCAUCCACUUUUCUUAAUCUCGGCAGCGCCAUCGCACCUUUCCCAUGCAGAGCCGGUUUCUCGUCGGCCGUUCGUGACUCCUCACUCUUUGUUUCUCUUCUCAGUUUCCCUUCUUGCCACCCUCCUUUUCCAACUGCUGCUGGCCAGCCCGGCGACGACAUUCUCUCCCUUCGCAUAACACCUUUAAUCAGCAGGCCUAUUUAAUAUCCUUCCAUUCACCAUGCUCCUCAACAACGCCCUCGUGGGUGGCUUGAUGCUUGCCGGUUGUGCAUCUGCCAAGGCUCCGACAGUGAACGCUCUUUUCAAACGCGGCGGCGACAUCGAGGACAUGCUACGACGUGAUGCGGACAUCAUGGCCACGCUCACACGACGACAAGACGCCAACGGCGCGCAGUCCGCUCCGCAAAUCUCAACCACACCGGCUUCUGGAGACGCAGCAAAGGCAGAUCUGGCAAAAUGGGAGGCGCAGACUAAGGCCGCCUGCGACAAUGCACUUACCGUACUCAAUGGCCAGGCAUCGAACCCCAGUGGCAUCGCCGUGUGCUACAACCUACCUUUCCUUGACAACCAGACCGGUAUCUUCCAAGCCGAACUCCGAAUGUACAACGUCUCAGCACCGAUCGAUCCAUGGAAGGGUGUUACUGCGGGCGACGUGAACAUGGCGCUGUCGUACUUGGGCGCUACCGUGCAGAACACCAACGGAACCUUUGCGAAGCGCGACCUUAUAGACAUUUCGUACCCACCAAUCAAGGAGAGGAGCCUCGUGGAACGACAGGCCGGUGCCCCACAAGAGCUCAAGGUGCUCAUGUAUGUUGGCAAGAUCAAUAGCAACUUGAUGGGAUCAGCCAUGACACAAGCCACCCUCCAACCUCUCCUGAUUCCGCAGAUUGAGCUCUCUGCAAAGAACCCCGCCUCUGGCCAGGACGUCAAAGCGACCCUCUCCUCUACCGAAGCGUCCUUCGUGAACGGUGUCUUCGCCAAGCAAGCCACGACAGGCACCGAUGCCGCAGCCCUGGCCUCCGCCUCCGCCGCCGUGCAAAGCGCAGCGCCCUUCGUCGUUCCCGGUCAAACUCUCGACUCGCGAGUCACCAAGGCCGGUCUCAUCGUCACCCUCGUCUGGGCCGUCAGCUUUAUCAGCGUCGUCGGUCUCGGCACCUACGGCCGGAUACAGUUCCGUGAACAGUACCGCCGCCGCGUGAAGAACGAGGUCGCGAGGAACAUGCGCACGAUCUAGAGUCAUCACGGUGACUUUGUAGAAGAAUCACGAUAUCCCCCUUUCUAUCUUGCCCAUGUGUGUUUCGAGUAUUUCUGCGUCUGUGUGUUGUGUGAGGUUCUGGGAUGCCAGUCAUUCAUUUUGUCUUUACCAAUAUUUGUGUACAUAAUUUCCCCAGGCACGUCCGCAACUCAGUAUGAGCACGGGCGUGCUCUGGACAUCCUGGCGAUGGUUAUCUUCGUGAGAAGCAUGAGGGGAGUCCAGGGUAGACCAACAUUAGAAACGGUAUAGCCGACAAUAACCAAUGGAAAAAUAUCCGGAU